UGUAAAGAACUGGCCAAGUCUAAGGCAGAAGUGGCUUGCAUCGCAGUGUAUGAAACGGAUGUAUUUGUUGUCGGAACUGAAAGAGGACGUGCUUUUGUCAAUACCAGAAAGGAUUUCCAGAAAGAUUUUGUAAAAUACUGUGUUGAAGAAGAAGAAAAGGCUGCAGAGAUACACAAAAUGAAAUCUACAACCCAGGCGAAUCGGAUGAGUGUAGAUGCUGUAGAAAUUGAAACACUCAGAAAAACAGUUGAGGACUACUUCUGCUUUUGCUAUGGGAAAGCUUUAGGCAAAUCCACAGUAGUACCUGUUCCGUAUGAGAAGAUGCUGAGAGACCAAUCAGCUGUGGUAGUGCAAGGUCUUCCGGAAGGAGUUACCUUUAAACACCCUGAAAAUUAUGAUCUUGCAACCCUGAAAUGGAUUUUGGAGAACAAAGCUGGGAUAUCAUUUAUCAUUAAGAGACCUUUCCUAGAGCCAAAGAAGCAUCUGGGUGGUCGUGUGAUGGUAUCAGAUUCUGAAAGGUCAAUAUUAUCUCCAGGUGGAAGUUGUGGUCCCAUCAAAGUGAAAACUGAACCCACAGAAGAUUCUGGCAUUUCCCUGGAAAUGGCAGCUGUGACAGUAAAAGAAGAAUCAGAAGACCCUGAUUAUUAUCAGUAUAAUAUUCAAGGGAGUCAUCAUUCUUCAGAGGGCAAUGAAGGAACAGAAAUGGAAGUACCAACAGAAGAUUCUACUCAACAUGUCCCUUCAGAAACAAGUGAGGACCCUGAAGUUGAGGUGACUAUUGAAGAUGAUGAUUAUUCUCCACCUACUAAGAGACCAAAGACCAAUGAGCCACCACAGCCUCCAGUUACUGAACCUGCCAAUGCUGGAAAGCGAAAAGUGAGGGAGUUCAACUUCGAGAAAUGGAAUGCUCGAAUUACUGAUCUACGUAAACAAGUUGAAGAAUUGUUUGAAAGAAAAUACGCUCAAGCUAUAAAAGCCAAAGGUCCGGUGACGAUUCCAUACCCUCUCUUCCAGUCUCAUGUUGAAGAUCUUUAUGUAGAAGGACUUCCUGAAGGAAUUCCUUUUAGAAGGCCAUCUACUUAUGGAAUUCCUCGCCUUGAGAGGAUAUUACUUGCAAAGGAAAGGAUUCGUUUUGUGAUCAAGAAACACGAACUUCUGAAUUCAACGCGUGAAGAUUUACAGCUUGAUAAACCAGCUUCUGGAGUAAAGGAAGAGUGGUAUGCCAGAAUCACUAAAUUAAGAAAGAUGGUAGAUCAGCUUUUCUGCAAAAAAUUUGCUGAAGCCUUGGGGAGCACUGAAGCCAAGGCUGUACCCUACCAGAAAUUUGAGGCACAUCCUAAUGAUCUGUAUGUGGAAGGACUACCAGAAAACAUUCCUUUCAGAAGUCCCUCAUGGUAUGGAAUCCCACGGCUGGAAAAAAUCAUUCAAGUGGGCAAUCGUAUUAAAUUUGUUAUUAAAAGACCAGAACUUCUGACUCACAGUACAACUGAAGUGACUCAACCAAGAACAAAUACACCAGUCAAAGAAGAUUGGAAUGUCAGAAUUACCAAGUUACGGAAGCAAGUGGAAGAGAUUUUUAAUUUGAAAUUUGCUCAAGCUCUUGGACUCACUGAGGCAGUAAAAGUACCAUAUCCUGUGUUUGAAUCAAAUCCGGAGUUCCUUUAUGUAGAAGGCUUGCCUGAAGGAAUUCCCUUUAGAAGCCCUACCUGGUUUGGAAUUCCACGGCUUGAAAGGAUUGUCCGUGGGAGUAAUAAAAUCAAGUUUGUUGUUAAAAAACCUGAACUAGUUAUUUCCUACUUGCCUCCUGGAAUGGCUAGUAAAAUAAACACUAAAGCAUUGCAGUCCCCCAAAAGACCACGCAGCCCUGGGAGCAAUUCAAAGGUUCCUGAAAUUGAGGUCACUGUGGAAGGCCCUAAUAACAACAAUCCUCAAACCUCAGCUGUUCGAACCCCUACCCAGACUAAUGGUUCUAACGUUCCUUUCAAGCCUCGAGGGAGAGAAUUUUCCUUUGAGGCCUGGAAUGCCAAAAUCACAGAUCUAAAACAGAAAGUUGAAAAUCUUUUCAAUGAAAAAUGCGGUGAAGCUCUUGGCCUUAAACAAGCUGUGAAGGUGCCGUUUGCAUUAUUUGAAUCUUUCCCAGAAGACUUUUAUGUGGAAGGUUUACCUGAGGGUGUGCCAUUCCGAAGACCAUCUACUUUUGGCAUUCCAAGGCUGGAGAAGAUCCUUAGAAACAAAGCCAAAAUUAAGUUCAUUAUUAAAAAGCCUGAAAUGUUUGAGACAGCUAUUAAGGAGAGCACCUCCUCCUCUAAGAGCCCUCCCAGAAAAAUAAAUUCAUCACCCAGUGUCAAUACUACUGCAUCAGGUGUUGAAGAUCUUAACAUCAUUCAGGUGACAAUUCCAGAUGAUGAUAAUGAAAGACUGUCAAAAGUGGAAAAAGCUAGACAGCUAAGAGAGCAAGUGAAUGACCUCUUCAGUCGAAAAUUUGGUGAAGCUAUUGGUAUGGGUUUCCCUGUGAAAGUUCCAUACAGGAAAAUCACAAUUAAUCCUGGCUGUGUAGUAGUAGAUGGCAUGCCUCCUGGGGUGUCAUUCAAAGCCCCCAGCUACCUGGAAAUCAGCUCCAUGAGAAGGAUCUUAGAUUCUGCUGAGUUUAUCAAAUUCACAGUCAUUAGACCAUUUCCAGGACUUGUGAUUAAUAACCAGUUGGUUGAUCAGAAUGAGUCAGAAGGCCCAGUGAUACAAGAAUCAUCUGAGCCAAGCCAGUUGGAGGUUCCAGCAACAGAAGAAAUAAAAGAGACUGAUGGAAGCUCUCAGAUCAAGCAAGAACCAGACCCCACGUGGUAGACUCUUCCUUCCCUCCUAGGGUAAAUCAGCGUCUAUGUCAGGGAUGCCAUGUGGUGUCCCGAUGAACCCUCCUGCAUAUUCAUUAGCUAAUGUAUUUUCCCUGCUUUAGCCAUAAGAUGAUUGGCCCCAGCUUCAAAGGAUGUGGGAUCUAAGUUUAAAAAGCCUUACUGGACAGUCUGAGCUAGAAGGUUCAAGCAGAGACAUUUUCCUUCCUAGAAUAUUUCAGUCAAAGAUGUAAACACUUUUGCCUUAAAAGGAAAAUGUUUUGUUUCUAAUUAAAAGAGUAAACCUUGUUCUCAACAUUGAAAAUUAUUAUGAGUCAGUAUCAUUAUAUUGACUUUAUUCUUUUUAUUUUUUUUACUUUAUUCUUUUUUAAUAGUAAUACUACUACUAACAUAGUCUGACUGAGCUGCAGAUCCAUUGUUCAUCUUGUGUAAUUGAGUUCGAAGUCUGAGCCUGUUCAGAUUUCUCACACUUCGUCAGGUUAUUAAUAAUUAAUAGUAGGGGUAGCACUCUAGACCAAGAGUCAGGCAUUCUCAAGUCCUGUUGAACCUCCCUGAGCCACUCCAAGCCCCAAGUAGUUAAUGUUUUCAUGAUAGUGAUACAGUUGGUUCUGAUCUAUACCUUGACAAUGGAUUUUUUUAUCCAGAUACUUCAUUGUAAUAGAAUUUGCCUUAUACUGUCAAUUAGUUUCACAUGAUUUUAUGAGUACAUUUGAAUCCAAGUAUCAAUGUUAUCAAAGUUUUCAAAUUAAGUUGUGUUUAUGAGUGUAUUUACCUGUAAUCAGAUUAACCUGUUUGCUUGCUUGUUUGUUUUCUCUCCU